UCCCUACAUGUAUCGCAUCGGAGAGACUCAGGCUAUCAAGCUUGUGCUCAAGUCUUACUUGAGCUGGUUACUUUUCCUCCGGUCAAUUCCAAAAACUACGCAAGUUUUUGCUCUACUGAAGAACAGCCUGCUCUAGGUUCCAUGGCUCAUUGCUUGAUUGAUAGUUUCAAGAAUUCAAACAAGUACGUGGAAGCGUUUGUCCACUCCUGUGGGGGAUCUUUGACGGUAGAUGAUGUUCAUGAAUCCUACAAUAAUGCUACUCAAUUCUUGGUAAAUUUGACUUCCAUAAGUGACAUUGGCGUCAUGGUUUUUAAACCAGUUGCCGUGCCAGUAAAAAAGGUUCAGGAUUUGCUGACAUUAAUUUACAACAGUGGAUUGAAUGACAACUACGACCUUUUCUUCGGUAUCACGAUGGUAAGUUACUGGUUCGUAAUAAUGCUAAUUGCUGCUGUCAAUCACUGGUUUUACUAUUUAUUCCCUAACGUUGUCAAGUCUAUGCAUGGUUCACUAAUAAACGGCAUCCGAAGGUCUUUCAUACUUGCCCCAUCCAUCUCCAAACAUCAUGCACAAGUAAGAAAGUUCAAGUUCUUUCAAUGGUUUGUACCAUUGAGAUUUGAGGCUUUGGUUAUCUUGGGAUGGCUUGUUCUUGCAAUAGUCUUCUGCUCCGUUGGAUACCAAAGACCAACGAUAUAUUUUAUGGCUUUGCCCAUUGGAAGCAGAUCUGGUCUUUUGUUGGUGUAUUCGUUACCGGUUUUGGUUUUGUUCCCUGGAAGGAAUAAUUUUAUGCAGUGGGUCACUGGCUGGUCUCAAGCUAGGUUUCUUUUAUUCCAUCGCUGGAUGGCAAGAAUCAUGUUCUUGUUAACACUAGUGCAUGUAACCUCAAAGACAAUUGGACUCCACCAACUCCAUGGUUAUUCCUACUACAUGCACCAUUCAUUUAUUCGUUGGGGAGUCGUGGGUGCUGUUAGCAUUGGAGUUAUAGUCUUCCAAUCUAUGAAUAUUUUCAGAAGCAUUAACUACGAGUUUUUUGUUUUGACACACAUUAUACUUGCAAUCAUCUUCAUAUUAUCUGGCUGGAAACACGCUAGUGACGAAGAGAUUAAUAGUCCUCAAUCUUUCUAUGCUGCUGCUGCUGUUUGGGGUCUUGAUAGAGUGUUGAGAAUAAUAAGAAUAAUUUCCUUUGGUGUCAAGAAUGCUACUGUCGAAUUACAGACAGAUGAAAUACUAAAGGUCACCGUUAAUCGUCCUAAACACUGGGUACCCCACCCUGGUGCCCAUGCCUUUAUCCAUUUUCUCAGACCAUCGUACUUCUGGCAAUCACACCCUUUCACUAUUGUCGACUGCUCUAGCGAACAGAAUACUAUUAGAUUCUAUAUAAAAGUCAAGGGUGGUGUAACACAUGGACUCUACAAACAUUUGCAAUCUUCGCCUAAUGGUACAGAUAAUUUUAAGGUUCUAAUUGAAGGUCCUUACUCACAAAGGUUACCAAUUCACAAGUUUGACAACUUGGUUUUUUUCUCAAGUCAAACUGGUAUUCCUGGACUUUACAGUGAAGCUAUGUCUAUGGCACAAAACAAAGACACCAGCAACAAGAGAAUUAAAUUUUACUGGGUGAUUCGUGAAUUAAAAUCUUUGGAAUGGUUCUACGAUGAACUUAUGAAGUUUAAAGGAACCAAUGUUGAGCCAGUGAUUUACGUAUCCAAGCCAGAGUCUGAUGUUGAAUAUUUGAAGGACUCUGAGAUGGGAAAAAAGAGGUCCGGCUCAAACCUGGAUCACAGUUCAAGAAACUCAAUCUUACAAAGAAGUCUCAGCUUUGUUGAAUUCAGAACUGGAAGACCAAACAUUUCUGAUAUCGUCAAGAGUGAAAUCGAGUGCUCAGAAAAGUCUGUUGCUCUUGUUGCCUGUGCUGCUCCAUGCAUAGUGGAUGAUAUAAGAGAUGUAAUAAGAGAAGUGUUGGGUAAAGAUACUUCGAAGAGAAUUGAAUUCUUUGACGAGAUGCAAGAAUGGUGA